AUGGCCAACAACCAGUCCACUAGUCGAGUAACCCGUAGUGCUAGAGGAGAGGCUGUAGAAGAGGGAACGGUUAUCCUCGCACCCCCCUCUUCAAACACCACCGUGCCACCCGCGGCUCCAGCGGAUGAAUUGGAAGGCACAGAUGAUCCAAUCGACGAUCAGUUGGACGGUGAAGAAGGAGUGAAAGGUGAAGAGGAGGAGGAGGAUCAAGAAUCUCAAGAGGAGGAUUCAGAGGACGACACGUACAACGCAGAGGACAACUAUGGAAGUCCCGAUUCUUCAUCUUCAGAUGACUCUUCAGGUGCACAAAUGUCCAUCGAAGCAAUCGAUAAGAUGAUUGCGAAGGCUCUUAGAGCGAAGGAAAAGGCAAAGGCCCUCUUAGCAAAAGAGAAAGCCCCUCCUAGAGACAGGAAGACAGUGACUAAACAUGGGAAACAAGCAUGGUCCUCAAAGAUCAAGUCUUCCACCAACAAGAAGAGGAUCAAGAAAGAAAACGGCAUUCGUUUUCAAGAGGGAGCCCCUUGCAAAUCGUCCCUUCCUACUCUCCAACCUUAUUGGGGAGAAGCGAUGAAGAACCUGUCUGAUAAUGUCCCUCUUACCGUUCUGAACCCAACGUUUGUGCAAAAGGACAAGGUUGAAAGUAGGAAAAACCAACCCGCCACUUCUUCAUCUAAGAAUAAUCGUAACCGAGGUCUCACUCCCCCAUCCGAAUAUGCAAUGACUUUCGGAGAAUGGGUAGAUGGUAUCACCUUGUUGAGAAAGUACCUGAAGAAGAUGUAUAACUUCUUGAUCUUGUCCGAUCAACUGAAGGGUCAUGUUAAACAUGUCAAAGACAUCAAGGACGCUACGGAAUGUUGGAUGGUUGCGCUCCGGUAUGAUAUCUUGUUUAGAGAGCAACUGUUUGGUCAUAGGGGUAAAGGAGUCCCAGUCCCGGAUGCUAGUAUCUACGUGGAAAGUAUUGAGAGAGCGGCGAAGGAGAAAGCGACUCGGCAUGGUGAACUCACUUCGGGGAAUGAGAAUCCAUACGCUAAAGGAGCUCGAUUCGAGCAUCGUGAUCCUAUCACGGGCAUUUGGGAAGAAUCAUCUACCACUCUGGCCAAGAAGCGGAAACGCUCCUCAACCCGACUGAACUCGUCAUCUGGCCACAGGCGAGCCCCCCGCUUACCUAGAGCUCCUCGUCUCCCAGACAUCAUCGAGAUGCUCCCACCCUUACGGAGAGAUCAAGCUUCCGAUGUUCGUCAAACCAAUAACAGAGGAACAGUCCGAAGGGGUAGAGGUGGAACAUCAAGUGGUAGAGGAAGAACUCGCCAACAUGUUCAAUAUGGAAUUUUGAUGUUUUACUUUGGCAACCAAUCCCUUUUAGACCCACAUAAUUCGCUAGUUGAAAUGCGAUCUCCCCCUGCACAAUGUCCCUUCGGAAAUGUAUGA